GGAUCGGGAACGCGCGCAGAGUGGUCGGUGGCGCGCACGCGCGGGGAACAGGGGGGGGCCCCACGAGGUGGGGGCCGGGUCAGAGGAGCCGGGGCGCCCGCGCAGGCCGCUGGGACCCCCCGGGCCGCCGCCGCCGCCAUCAUGUACCGCUCCAGCAGCGGUCGCUCUGGCCCCUCGUCUUCCUCGUACUCCCACCGGCUCAAAGAGAGCGGCUCGGCGGGGUCCCGCGCUUCCCGCACCAACACAUCGGGGCCGGGGCCGGGCCGCGGCCGGCCUCCCCCGCCGCCGUCCCCCACCGCAGCCGCCACCGGCGCUUCGCCGCCGCGCCGCCACCGCUCCCCGUCGGGCCACCGCGGCGCCUCCCGCCGCUCCCCAUCGCCACACCGCAGCCGGAGGCCGCCGUCGCCGCCGGGAGGAGCGGGGUCCGGCGGGACACGGGGCCGCCGGGGGAGCGAACACGGAGACAGCAACAGCCGGAGACGUUCACCGAGUCUCCGCUCUGAGUCUUCACUGGAACAGAGUUUGCGGAUUACUGUUGGUAAUGACCGGUAUUGCAUUGGCACGCCAGAGCGAAGGAGGCUGCCUGAUAGACUGGGCUCACCAAUUGAUAACCUGAGUGACAGGGAUGAUAUGGCUGAUGGUCCGAUAUUCACCAGAGGCCUUUCAUGCCCUCGAGGCUUAGAGAGAUACCUGUCACAUGAAGAUCAACCUUCAAGUCCCUUCAGCACGAGACACGAUGAAGACUACCGCAACCGAGAUGUUUUUCUUCAUCCUUCAGAUUAUAGUCCUCAUUAUGGUCGUCGAGAAGAGCUGUCUCGUGGAUCUGACAGAGAUGGUGACAAAUUUAGGAAAUCUUUCUACCCAUCAAGACCAGAAGAGAGGGGACGAGAAAUAAAGCGUCCACGGUAUGAAAAAGAUGAGAAAUUGCAUUGUAUGAGUGGAGAGCAUCAAGGUUUCUCAUCAGGAACACGAAACUAUCGCAGACGAAGCCGCAGCCGCAGCCUUAGCCGCAGUAGAAGUCCAAGCCCAUCAUACCUGAAUGAAGAAUUCCGAGAGCUGGACCGUGCCAGGAGAAAAAGAGAAGAGGAAGAACGUAAUAGAAACUUGAAUCAUGAUGUUUCAGACAGUGGUUAUGUGAUCCCAGGCUUGGCUAACACACUACAGACUUCUGAACCUCGGUAUACAUAUAGGCCUGAGGAAGUACCAUCCAUGCCCAAAAAAUCUAUCUUGAAGAAAAGAGUGGAGAUGGAAGUAGAGUCUCCUGUUCAGCCCGAGGACUUUUCUAGCGGCUCUGCUCCCAGCAAGGAUCUUCCUCUUCUUUCUAGUCAUUCAUCUUUGCCCCAGAGCAACAACGCAGCUCCAUUUUCCUCUGAAGUGGAGAACUUUCUCAAGCGGUUUAACAAAGACUCUGUUAUGGAGUCUGCAAACAAAGAGUUACAUGAUGGCUUAUAUGAGUGGAACCCACUUUCUGCAGCUCCCAAGGACAGUUUUACAUAUGAAGAGAAGUUUGGAAGCUUCUUAAGUCACAAGGAGAAAAUAGAACCCAAAUCAGAGCCUGCUGAUCGCCAUACUGACUUCCUACUGCCUCAUGAGAGGGCCAGUCAGGAUGGCAGUGGUUUCUCCCGAAUUCUGGGCAUGAUGGCUGAUUCUGUCAGUGCACAGGAGAAGCGGAGGCGUAGUUUUCCUGACAUAGAGGAUGAAGAGAAAUUUCUUUAUGGUGAUGAGGAUGAAGACACUAAAACUGAAUCACACCUUGUUCAAAAGCCUCCAGUGAGUUGUAGCAAUGAGAUGAUAAGCCAGAAGGUGAGCCUACCUCCAUCUUCUCCUGCUCCAGCUGUCAAGCUGGAUCCUUUAGAAGAGCCUAAUGCUGAGUAUGCCAAGAUCCAUGACUUACUGAAAACCAUUGGACUUGACAUUGGUGUUGCUGAAAUCGGAAGACUAGCCAUUCGUACUCAGGAACGCCUUCAUGGCAAAAAGUUGGCAUCUCGUUCUCCUGAUCGUCGCUCUUCAGAUACUCGCAGAACGGACCCUUGGGACUUACGUCGCAGCCGAAGUGACACUCGUUCUCCAGAGUCAGGCCAGCAGCAUUCGGCAUCACCUCCCAUUUCUUUCCAGCAGUCUAAAGAUGCAUCCUCUCUUCAGAAGUCAGAAUAUGCAAAGAACACGCCAGGAGGACAGGACAUACCUCCGUGUGCGCCAGAACAGCCUCUUCCUUCUGUUUCUCUCAUUCCCUCAGUUCCACCAGCUCCCGCUAGUUUGCCACCUACACCUACUUCUGUUUCCCAAUACCAAAUUCCCAACUAUUCCCAGUUCACUACCGCUCAGAUGCCCCCAAACUAUCCACCUCCCACACUGGCCCCUCCAGGAUAUGACGCAUAUGGGCAUUACAUGGCUUAUGCAGCUCCUGGCUGGACCAUGUAUCCCCCUACCCAGCAGCCUAAUCCUGCGUUGCCAGAAGCUCAUGGGCUUCUUACUAUGGCCAUGUCAGCGAACCCCACGCGUCCCAACCUCCGAGUUAUUGAGACAGUUUCUAUGAGAAAGGAUGCUACCGAUGUGAAAAGAGAUGGUUCUGUGCUCGUUCGUGUCCCUACCACUCCUGCUCAUUCCAAAGUGCCCCUUCGUCCAUCUUCACACCCUCUCAAAAGUACCCCAGAAAAGAUAUCAGAUGAAAAAAACCGAGCAGCUCAGAAGCAGAAGGUGAUAGAAGAGAGAGAAAAACUGAAGAAUGAGCGAGAAGCACGGCAGAAGAAGCUUUAUUAUCUGAAGACUGAACUGGACAGGCUUCGUAAACAGCAAGGAGAGAUGUUGAGGAAAAAACGACGUGAGAAGGAUGGACACAAAGACCCCUUGUUGGUUGAGGUGAACAGACUUCAAGAGAAUAUUAUGAAGGAGAUUUCAGAGCUCCAUAAAGAAUCUGAUGCAGCUGAUAAAAAGCAAUCUGAGCUUGACAAAGUAGCUCAGAUCUUGGGGAUUAACAUAUUUGAAAAACCCCGGAAACCGUCUGUGGAAACCAAAGAUUCCUCAGAAAAGAACAGCAAGUCUGAAAACACAAAAGGUCUGGAGAAAGCAACUUCCUCCAAUAAGGAAUCAAAACCAACUAAUGAAAAAUCCAGAGGCAGGAGCCCGAAGCCAGCAGAAUCCUCUUCACAGUCCUCCAAACAUCCUUUCCAGUUGGCCAAUAUUUAUGAGUAUUAUGAUGCAGGGAACCACUGGUGCAAAGACUGCAAUACCAUCUGCGGGACCAUGUUUGAUUUUUUCACACAUAUGCAUAAUAAGAAACACAGACAGACCCUGGAUCCUUACAACAGACCUUGGGCUUCGAAGACCCAGAGUGAGACCAAACAAGACUCCAUAAAGCGCAUUGAUAAGAUAACUGUUCCUGCCAAAGGGUCUGAAUUUCUGAUUCCCAUCACUGGUUAUUACUGCCAGCUCUGUCAUGAAUUUUUUGGAGAUCAAAUCUCAGCUGAGCAGCAUGUGAAAAGUCAUCCUCACAAUGAAAAAUACAAGAAAUACAUAGAUGAAAACCCACUUUAUGAAGAAAGGAGAAAUCUAGACCGUCAAGCUGGAUUGGCUGUAGUUCUGGAAACGGAGCGCAGGCGGCAGAAUGAGCUGAAGAGGAAACUAGUUGAGAAACAGAAAGAAGAGAAGGAUGAGAAGAAAGCAAAAAUAAUAAAGAAAGAGGAAACAAAGAACAUCCCAGAGCUUGGAGAAGGAGCUAAUGAAACUCAAGACAAAGUAGAUUCUUCUGGGCGAAAAAUGGGUAUUAAGCUUAAGCUGAAGAAGGAAGAGAAGAAAGAGGAUAAAAAAGAAGAAAAGAAGGAGGAAUAUAAAAAGGAAUCACCAAGUCAGACAUCGUUUGGGAAAUUCAGCUGGAAAAAGACUGAGAGAGAGGAUAAAGCCCCAGGAGUAGCUAUUCCAAAGGAGGAGAGUAUGGAGGGAAACAAAGAGGAGAACAAGUUUCAGUCUGGGAAACUCCAUGCCAAGUCCAUUGAAAUCAAGCUGUCUGGGAAAACUGUUAUUCCACACACUAGCCCAUGGACACCAGUUGCUUAUACAUCAACACAAUCAAAAAUUCUACCCAAUCUACCAGUCCCAACUAUGAUUUUCAGGAAAUCUACUACUGCAACAGUUAGCAAACCUGCACCUUUGAACACCUUUUUAUCCAUCAAAUCCGCUGGAGCCACCACCAAACCACUACCUGUGGUAAAAGAAACCAAUGCAGAUCUUCUGCUGCCUCCAGAUAUCAUCUCAAAAGCUUUUGGAGGAGAAGAGGUAAUAUUAAAAGGGUCAGAGGAGGAUUUGAAAGCACCAGAGAAAAAUGAGUCUUCUCAGACUUCUGAUAUACCACCUCCUCCACCUCCUCCACCUGCAGUCCAGCAGGCUGCUGUCAUCCCUGCAGAUGAAGUAGCUCCAGGUGUGUCUGAAAGUGAACAGACAAUGCUGGCAAUGCCUGUAAAGCCCCCUCCUCCUCCUCCACCACCACCACCUUCUACUGCUUUUAGUGAACAGGCAAAAAAGAUAGAGAAACGAAACUCUUGUCUGGCCACUGCCAAUGCUAAAGAUCUCUAUGAUAUUUUCUACAGUAGUGGUGGAAAGGGUUCAGCUGACAGCAAGCUUGCAAGUUCUACGCUUCCAAAUGGAGAAAACUCUAACCUAGCUAAACCUGCAGAUUUUCCUGCAAGCUCUGUAACAGUCAGUAGCUUAUCCUCCUUUAAAGAGGAAUCUCAGAAUGUGGCUACUGAAGUUAGCCAGGCCCACUCAGCUGAGAGAGGCACAGUAAUGGAGAAAACUGGUUUUCAGGAGUGUUUAAUACCUAAUUCUGAGACGAGUGGUGACACUGAAAGUGAUAUUCAGAAGGACGUAGGUAAAAAAUCCCAGGCUCUUUCAACAGAUACUCAGAUUAAAUUGAAAGAGGGGGAUUCUACACAGUGCAGUAAUAAAGUAACAGGCAGUUGGAUUCUUGAUGAGAAUCACGCUGAAAGGAACAAGAAGAUAUUUCAGCCUCAGCUGCCAGAAAUGUCAGUCACAGAACUGCUAGAAGCAAAACCUGCUUCUCAUAUUCAGAUGCCUGCAGAAAAGGGACUUGUGGAUGUAGCAAGUCGAGUGCAAGCAGACAGCAAGGAGUUCUGUGAUCUGCAGACAGCAGAGAUCCAAGAGAAAGUUGGACAGGAAGAUACAAAUAAAAUUGCAGUUGGUAACACAGAUGUCCCUGGCACUUUGGAGAAAGGUGAAGUGAAGAAAGAUGGGGAAAUAAAAGCAGUAAAGCCUGAGCUUAGUCUAGAACAGAUUGAAAUUCAAAAUUUGGGAGAUCCCAAUUUGGUAGAGGAAAAUGUAAGUGAUAGCUGUAGAACUGUUUCAGAAACUGAUAGUCCACACUUGCUCAGUGAUUCUCAAAACACUUCAAAAGAAAAAGCUUUAGUAGCAGUAAUGACAGAGCAAAAUUCUACUGACACUUCCUUAAAAGAUGUGAAACUGAACAGUGUGGCUUUGGAAGCACCCGGAGUCCUUGGCAAAGCUCCUCAGAUUUCAGAAACCCAAAAUAAGAUUUCAGAAUUGACAAGAAGUCCUGCUGAAUGGGAUGCUUCUGGAACCAACAGAGAAGAACAGGUCAUGGCAACCAGUUCUUACUCUGAAAGUGGUUGGAAAUUAUCAAAUACUCCUAAUGUAGAAAUGAAAACCUGUUCUAAUAAAAUUAGUGCUUCAGAAUUGACAGAGAUAGAGCCAGAGACAUCUCUCAAUAACACAAAAUCUGGAAGUAGCACAUUAGAAGCACAAGAAAAGGUUAGACCUGAACUGUCAGGCCAUGCAGUAUUAGAUAAGCAAACCCAAAGACAGGAGGUUGCUUGGUUAGUCAAUGCCUGCUCAGCGAGCAUUGUUGAACUUAGAUCCAGUGUAGAGUUAGUAGUUGAAGUUGAAAAAAAGUCACUAGGACACACCGGAUCUGGUGAAACAUUAGAUGAUAUUUUUGCUAAGAGAGACAGAAAAGAAGUAGGAAUAGCAGGGUUUUCUAGGGCUUGCUCUGAUCUUGUCCAAGAGUCAGCAGUUGCUUUAUCAGCAGAUUUCAGUCAGCAUCUUUCAGAAGAAGCUGUCAACAGGCAAACAAAGCGUGAGGCUGUAAGAACCUCAGCAGACAAUGACUUUCAUCUGAAUACCACUCACUCAGGAUUUAAUACUGAGCAAUCUGAAAGGCUCUCUCCAAGUGUUAGUGUGGAUAACAAGAAAGAUUCCUUGAGAUCAGAAAAUACGAAACGCAGUGAGACUCCCUCUGAAAAGGCAGAGCUCGAGUUCAAAAGCACAGAUUUUCAUUUGGGAAAUACUAAGGCAAUACAUGAAGACAUCAGUAUCCUUCCAGCAGGACUUUUAAAUACGAAUGUAAAAGAAGUUUCAAAACUAGAAACUAUUGCAUCUGUUAAACUGGGGUCAAGCAAACUGAGCAAGGUGGGCAUUGGAAAAACAGUGGAUGAAGCAGAGAUUACUGAUUCUGCCACGUUUACUUCUGGUAGCUGGGAAGGGGAAGAUAAACUUUGCACCCAGGUUUCUCAAACAGCUGCAUCGCAUCUUGGAUUGCAACCCUCAAACAAUGACGCUAUGGAAGCAGUCAUGCAGGUUCCAGAAAUGCAGGGCAUUUCUCCCAUGUCCGAGACCCUUUGGCAAGUGGAGCAGAGAAAAGGUGGUGCUGUUGAAAUGCUGUCCCUGAGCUGUGAUGGAGGCAGCAGACAAAGUCAAGCAUCUGGAUGUGUGGAAACGUUCCUUCCUGGGCUCAAAGAAACACACGGAAAGGAGGAUGGCUCAGGGGGCAAGGGAGUAUUCACUAUCCAGAGCAAGAAGACUGAGCAAUCAGAAACCACUGACAGUAGUUUGGAAGCUACAACAACUUCAGGAAUUACUGAAAGCUUAGCAGAAAGCCCAGUGGGUUGAAAUGAACCCAGCCAGCCCCAAUAUUUGAGGAGCCAGGGCUGGGGUUACGUGUAUGUUUUUUUGUUUGUUUGUUUGUUUUGUUCCAGUUGAGGGGUCUGGGUGCAUUUUGCAUCAUAGGACAUGGCUAAAUUGAAACUGAACAUCAUCAGAAACCAGACACAUAUGUUAUUCUGUACAUAGUUAAUUGUGUAAAAUGUUUUUUCAUGUGAAUUUUUUGCCAAUUUCUUUUCUACACUUCUGCUAUUAAAAUGGAAUCUCUCCUUUAUAAUGCGUGCGUCUUUGUUGUUUAUUUUGGGGGCUUCUGUUCUUCGAACACUUCUGGAUGAUUUCCAGCUCACCUUGUUUCUGUCAGUAGCAUCACAAGUAGUCCAACCUGUGGGACGAGCUCAAGAACAGCAAUUUAGAACUUGAGGAAACGGAGACUUGCAGAAGAACUAAAACUGAAUAUUUCUUUAAGCUGUAAUGCAUGGUUUUGUUUACUUUCAUUGUUUGAAAUGCAAGAAAUGUGAUUAGAGUUAAUCUUUUGUUUGUUUAUCUGUCUUUGUGAUUUGUAAUCACUGCUGUAUUACAUCUGUACUUAAGCUGUUUCAUGGAAUCAUAGAAUUGCUCAGGUUGGAAAGGACCUUCAAGAUCAUCAAGUCCAACCGCAACCUAACCAUACUACUCUAACCACCCACCACUAAAUCAUGUCCCCAAGCACCACAUCCAAGGUUUCAGUGUAUUGUAUAAGCACGUUUAUGGAUGCCACAUCACUAAUCAAGGGGAGAAAAUCUGUCCAACUGGCUUUUGGAGAAGAAGACUAAUCGGUAAGGCUCUGUGGCCUGACACCUGGAUCAGACAUAUUGAGGUCACUUACAUGUUUUGAAAUGGGCUUUCUUUCAUUGUAUUGUGAUCCAGUAACUGUUUGUGUUAAAUCAUUUAGCAGCUGACCAGCUCUGAAGAAGUAGAAGACCAGAACCCUGGUGUCAGGAAUUGGACUCGCUUCAUGUGAUAGAGACACAUGCAUGCCUAUCCUGAAUGAUCCUAGAGCUAUCAAAAACUCUAGAGUGAUGGUUUUCAUUUGUAUAGCUUAUUAAGGACUAAAGUAUUAAAUGUGUUUGCUUGGAUAAAAUGAACAUUUGAAUUUGUAAAUUGUUUAAAAAAUAAACAUAUGGUGUUCAACAAGACUUUCUUCUUAUUUCUUUUUUUGUUGUUUUGUUUUUUAGCUCUAGGGAAGUGUUUUAUUUCAAGUACUUUCUACCUCCUGUGGUAGCUCAUAAAAUUGAGAAGCCGUAGACAAUGAAGAUAUUCAACAGUUAGCCUGCUCAGUAAAAACCUGAUUUAUUCUCAGCUGAAGUCAGUGGAAGAACUUCUGUCAACAUCAUCGCUGGAAGUUUGUUUGAAAUCCUAAGCCUUUUGUAAAGGAGGGAGGGAAACAAGCAGAGUUAAUAUUUCUGUGAUCACUACCAGCACAUGGACUUUCAGAGGGGGAAAAAAAUGACAUUUUUUCUUCUGUUUCCAUGACUGUGUAAAGAUGAUAUUAAACAUUUUUCAGAGUUGUUAUUGUGCUUUUUAUAUUAGAAAUAUAAGAGCAUACAAGAGUGUAAUGUGAAUUUGUAAAACUAGAGAAUGUGGUCAAAUCACCAAAGAAAAAAAAAAGAAAAAAACAACCCCAAAACAAGAAAGAAAGAUGGUCCUGAGAGAGCCUUUUUCACAAUUUUAAGCAGUUCCUGCAUGGAAUGUAAGGAGAAUUUGUUAGUAUCAUUGCCCUACUUUCUUCAAAUAACCAUUUGCUGUCAAAAACAAAGAAAACAAGGUUUGAUAUGCUUUUGAUAAUUUUUAAGUGGAAGUUGGGUAAUGGGUAGAGAUUGUUUAAACUCUGUUUUUAUUUUUAUUCUUUUUUAAAGUUCUUUGUAGUUGUUUCUCGGUAUUCUAUAAAUGUCUGAUUAUAUAUCUGAGCUUAUUUGUUCACAGUUGACAGCUGAAUAUUCUACCUCUGUGUUCUUUUCAGUUUCUUCGGUGAAGUGCCUGCCCUUGUAAAUCUAACAUGGAAGAGGGUGGACCUAAGCUUGCGUGCCUUGUAUUGAAGGAUAACAGUGCAGGGAAGGGAGAUAGGAAGGGAAGGCUGUUUUUUUGUUUGUUUCUGGUUUUUUUUUUUUUUUAUGCUUUUAAAUGAUGAUGUUUUGGAAUACUGACCACCUGGCUAGUUUCAUUUCUCAAUUCAUAUUCAUGAAGGUCUCGGUAUAUGCAACAAUAGAGAAACCCAUUUGGACAAUCUUCUUCAGACAUCCUCAUUCAAUGUUGUCUUACUUGUGUGGGAAGUGCUCUUUAUUAACUUUAUUUUGGUGGAAAGGACAUCAACAUAAACGCAAUAUCCUUUUUAUCAGUUGCUUCUACAACUAACGUUGGUGGUCAGCGCACAGCCCUGCUGGCCAGGAAUGAAGAGCACCUAGCACCAAAGGAAAGCAAGAGCUUUGCAAAUGAGAAACUAAGAGUUGUUACCUUGUAUUUGUCUUCAGCUUUCCAGAAGCUAAGUCUUCAUUUGAUACGAGUUAAACAAUACUUCUUUUCAUGCCUUUGGUCAAAUAGUUGUUCUGUGCCUGAGUGGUCUAGGACACUAUUCUGCGCUGAAAGUAAGAUUCAUUUGUUGUUUUUUGUUUUUUUUUUAAGGUAGGAGUAAAAGAUACUCCCGGAACUGCUGGAAUGGGCAGGAACAAAAUGAAUGGUGUGGACUAUGACAUGCAGGCAUAUUGGUGGAGGCAUUUGUUGUUUAAAAGUUUUUGAAAUUGCAUGUAUAUUUUUUUGAUCUACCUAUUUAUUUAUUUAUUUUUGCUGUGGUUUUCAGAGGCAUGCAGUAAAUGAUUUAUCUACUGUACUGAUCCCCUGUGCUGGCAGAGCUGUAGCGUAGUGCACUGACUGGGAAGCCUUAAGUUCUAGGCUGGCCUUGGAUGCUUGACUCCAGAUCCUCAGGAGGAGGGGUGAGUUAAUGGAGGGGGAUUUACUUGUAUGUUUGAAUGGUGCAAUAUGACAUUACCUCUCCUUCCUGACCUAGUUCUUCACAAGCUCCAUACGCGAUAAGUUGCCUUUCUCCUAAUUUUUAGAAAGCUGCUGAUAGGGAGUAAAUAAAUCUACUUGAUUUUUUCUUUUUUUUGCACAUUUUCAAAGCAGACACAAAUACCUAGUAAAUUACAAGGGUGAUGAAUUAACUCCAGGCAUUUAUUUUAUACUGCAACUUUUAGUUUGCCAUGUUGGAGGCUGGCAGAAAGACCUUUCUCUUGGAUGAAGUCUGUGGCAGAACAGCUUUUUAUUUAGAGGCAGUAAAAGAAGAGCCAUGGAAAGGCAACUGGCAUUCUGUCUAUGUAUUGUAAGCCCUGGUUUUUUUAAAUGUUUUUGCAGGUUUCUUUUAACACCUGUGGUCUAUUUAGAAAGUAGAAGCAGCUGUCAAAUAUUUUAAUUAUGCUGAAAAAUUUAAAAGCAGAAGUCAUGGUUUAGACAAAAUUAUUAUUGUGGUAGUCUCUUGAGUAUGCAUAUCUUGCCUCUAGCUUGCUGGAAUCAAUUCUUUGAGAUUUUACUAAGCAGCAUAUGGGCUUUGGGGAGGGUUGUGUGUUUGUUUUAAAUGGCCUUGUGAGUGGAAGUAACGUACCAACCAGUGUUCUGUUACUAGUUCUUUCUAAUACAUGUCUGUUUUACUGGUAGAAAUGACAAGUAGGAGAUUAAGAUACAGGGUCACUGAUACUUCUUAAUUCUUGGCAAGUGUGGAAAUAAAUUCUUAUCUAAGGGAAGCCCCACGAAGAUCUUAAAUUUUCCCCGUAGACAGAGAUAAUUUGUAUUUACCAACUUUCUUAACUAUUUUUUUAGACUGGUAGAUCCCAAGUGUUGUUUUUUUUUUUCAGAAAUAUCCAGUAUCUCCCAAUAAGGGAGAGCAAUGAUGGCAGAAGUAGGUUGGUUUGUUGGUUUAAAGAGACAACUGUCCACCAAACCAGUACACCCCAAAGCAUGCUAAAAUUAUACUUCUUUAGUGUAGUGACAAGUUUAGGGUUGAAAACUUAUUUCAUCUGAGACUAGAAUUACAUGACCGAGAAUGUCUGUCUAACAUGUUGCAGAACUCAGACUUUCUUCCCCUGAAGAAAUGCAAGAGAUACCACAUGGGAUAGGUUUUUCUGGGGGCACUUAAUGUGUAAUUGUGUUGGUUUAUUACUCUCAGAAUGUUACAGAAAGGCAAAGGGAGCAAAGUCAUUAUCUGGGAUAGAAUUAAUUCCUCUUUUGCCCCCUACAUGGAGUAAGUGGAACUUCAAGUUCAAGUUUAUAGUUGCUAGGCCACCUUUUCUGUCAACCAGUAUGGAUGUAUUCUUGGCUGUAACCACCCUGAGCAAAAUAAAGCAGCUGCAGUCUGUUACUUUGUCUUAGAGCAGAAAACUGAGACUCUGUACUUAGUGUUAAUUCUUGGGGUUUGGUUUGUGAUCCUACCACCACCUCUUCUUAGGCUCUUCUUGGAGUGAGAAGACUAAGUACUUUUAAGUUAGCAUUUAUACUUAAGUUGCUGUAAUCAUUCCCAGAAUGCUUGUAUAACAACUGGGGAUGCAGAGAGCUGAGGCAUCAAAAUUGUGAGAGUACAUGGUGGAGGAUGGUCGAGUAGCUACAGCAAAUAAAAGCUGUAUCAGAGCUACUUCAUCUCUUUUACCAAUAGGCUGACUGCAGAAUAUUCAGUUUACAGAGAGCAAAGCACACAUAUAAGGUAUUGUUUUCAAUUCUUAGUAAAAUACUUUGAGAAACUUCUUUGUGAGGGAGCUUUAGCUGGCAUCUAAGCAGCAGUGAAAUAGUUGGGAAACAACCCUGUUUAGUUUGAUUGAUGAAUGUAGAACUUGAAUGUUGAAGCAAAAUAACACUUCAGUAGCAGUAAUAGCUGUGAAGACUAGUAACGAAGCGCAAAAGCUUGGUAACAGGUACCCAAUAAAGAAAUGAUAGGGAUGAUCCUCACAUCAGUACACACAUUAAGCCAUUCAUCUCCUGUCAGAUAUGAAAACCAGAAAUAAAAGAAAAAUGCCAGAUGAUUAGAUGAGAGGACUCAAUAUCUAUGUACCUGAAAGAUAGGUAUCUAGAAAUACCUGGUUUGCAGAAGAACAGGACAACAAAGUCCAUCAGCAAAGCAUUGUCGGUGACUGCUUUUUCUUAUAAGAACUGAAGGCUUAAUGCAAUUAAACCCAUUUAAUAUGGUGCUUUCCAAGGACUUUUUACAGUUUAGGUCCUCUGGCAGUUAGUUUCAUAGAUUAUGUUACUUCACCAAGUGUAUAAGAGAGGCUUAAAAUCAGUAUAUCUUGAUUGUAUGUCUAGCCAAACAUCCAAGAUAAGAUUACAAAACUAAUUCAUACCUGUAUUUCAUGCAUUCAGUGCAAUGAAUUAAUGCAGUGGAUUCAAUUUGGCUGCUGGGGAGAAAUUCCAUACCUACAUUUGGUACAGUACUUUAUAUAAUGCACAUUUGAUGUAUUCGGCAUUUCGUAGUAGACAAGUGUGGACAGCCUACUUGAAGCUGGCUACAAUGUCUAUAGAAGAGAGAUCAUAUCAUCAAAGAUACUAAUAUACCUGUAUUAUUCCUCUGAGGGUCAAAUUUGUGUUUCAGAACUCAAGAAAGAUGUAAGAUAAGAUUAAACACGGUACUUAAUAAGGUUAGCAUCCAAGACCAAAGCAUCAAAUACAUAAAUUCUGGUAUCCUAGUUCUUACAAAUCCUACUGUGAUACCUGCAUUCACUGUAUGUUCAACCAUAGCUGUUUUCAUUCUGUUUUAAGCUUUCCAGACUUCUUCCAGACUAUUUUAAGUCCUUUUGGGUUUUAGAAAGGCCUCAGACUUGGGAAUAUAACAGCCAAACUCACCAGAUGGUCAGAAAGAAGGAUUUUAGGAUGAGCACUGAAUUUGCUAUAACAAGCCCAUUAUUCCCUUUUUUGGCUUUUGGUUAAUUUCCACAGGAGCUAUGAAAAUGUUAUCUAGAGCUGCUGGGCUUCUGGAAUCCUCUUCUGAGAAGGUGGGUGCACAUUUGCAUGCCUGGAAUAGUAUCUCUUUGAUUUGGUAUGAGAGCACAUUCUUUGCAUUAUUAAAAUGAUUAAUCAGUGAGGAUUUUCUGUAUUAGAUGUUGAACAUGGUGUUCACGGGUCUGUCUGUAAUGUAAGUUCUUUUGCUAGUGUCCAAGAAGACCGUGUAUGUGUAGAUACUUUUUUCUCUUGUUUUAAACAGUACUAUUUUAAAAACAAACAUUAAACAUUUAUGAAAUAA